AGAAGAAGAAAAUCUGUCUGUUCAGUUCCUGGUUGCAUAAAGUCAAGAAUCACCCACUGUCCAGAUUGUUGGUUUUCUCAUCUUUAAGCUAACAGUCACUUUAUUUCGACAAAUAUGUUCAAAGGGUUAGGGACGUGGUUGGGUUUGGAGAACCCGACGUACACGAAGACGUCAGAUGACAAAGAAAACGUGAGCGUGCAGCAGGAAGAAAAGGUGGUAGAGGCUCAAAACGAGGUAAACAAACAGCAACCAGCUGACCAGGAUGGAGAACCAGAGGCGAACCUGGAAAACUCGGAGCAGGGCAAAGGACUGGGCGAUUACAUCUUCAGCUUUGCCUCCAGUGCCACCAAGAAGAUUUCUGACUCAGUGGUAGAGACAGCUCAGACCAUCAAGAAGACCGUGGAAGAAGGAAAGAUUGACGGCAUCAUAGACAAGACUUUUCUAGGAGAUUUCCAAAAGGAGCAAGAGAAGUUUGUUCAAGAGAAGAAAGCAAAAAAAUCAGAAGCAGCAGUGCCUCCCUGGGUUGGCUACAAUGAGGAAGAGACAAUCCAGCAACAGAUCCUUGCUCUCUCAGCUGACAAGAGGAACUUCUUGCGGGACCCUCCCGCCGGUGUUCAGUUCCACUUCGACAUGGAGCAGAUGUAUCCUCUGGCUGCAGUGAUGCUGGAGGAAGACCAGCUCCUUAACCGCAUGCGCUUCGACCUGGUUCCCAAACAUGUGAAGGAGGACGUGUUCUGGAGGAAUUAUUUCUACCGGGUGUCUCUGAUCAAGCAGUCAGCUCAGCUCACAGCGCUGGCAGCCCAGCAGCAGCAGCAGAAGGACGGUGAGGACAGAGGUACCAGUGUUUCACCUGAGGACAUCGUCUUAACAGACAAUGUAAGACCAAAAACUCCACCAGUUUCCAUCAGCGACAUACAGAAGCGACCUCAGGAAGAAGAGGAGGAGAUGUCCACAAGUCCUGGAGUGUCCGAGUUUGUGAGUGAUGCUUUCGAUUCAACGUCCAUCAACCAGGAGGACCUGAGGAAGGAGAUGGAGCAGCUGGUGCUGGAUAAGAAGGAGAGCAGUCCUUCUCCUGAUGAUGAAUCAGCAGACUGGGAGAAGGAGCUGCAGCAAGAGCUCCAGGAGUACGAGGUGGUGACCGAGUCAGACAACAAAGACGACCAGUGGGAUCAAGAGAUCGAGAAGAUGCUCCAGGCUGAUGACAGCUAGACAACUACUGUGUGUUUGUCUCCUGUACAGGCGGUGAUCUGGCCCAGAAUGGAUGAAUAGAGGUGAAUAAUGAUCAGUGAUGCACAAGGGGAUGAACUUCCACAUCCUCUGGCCCACCCAACUGUGAUUACUAUUUUGUAAACAUUCUCCUAAUGAAGGUGUAGAUUCAGUUAUGGCAAGAAUGUGUCACCUCUGCUGGAAGCAGUGGUUAUGUUGAGGCAUUUUAGUGAAGUACUUCUCCUUAAAUUAGUUUGUAUCUACUUGGUUUCCCUACUCUUUUCUCUUUUUAAUGGGAAAAGCUGCUAGGGGGCGCUCUAAUACAAGUACCAUGAAUUUUGUAAUGGAAAGGGCUUGUGGGAAGUCACAGAUCUGCAUCACAUUCUAUCUUUUGUUUCCACUGCUGCUUUCUGGUGGGUUGUAAAGUCAUAGUAUAGUUCAUAGAACAGGAAAGUCAAAUGUAAAGUUACAAUUAUGUAAAUAAAGAAAGAUUCUAACACUAUA